UUCUUGUCAGGGAUUCUAUUUUCAUUCUCUCUCAAUUUCUCCAUUAUUAUAUCAUCUCUUCUUCUUGACUUACUUAUUGUCAUUCCUCUCCCAAAACAUGCUCCCUGCUUAUCCACUCCUGCUCUUUAUCUUCUCCUCCCUCGGAUUCUGCCAAACACAAUCAUUGUACAAAUGCGAUGAAAGCUUCUCCUUCAUUACUUCAUCCACGACCAAAAACAUUACUGGCGUCAAGAAGCUCCAACCCCUUGCCGCUGAGCUCGGCUGGAACCUACACAUCACCGCUAUGAAUAACAUCACAAACAAAGAGAAGCUUGGAAAAGGCAAAGAGCGGCUUAAAACUGCUCAUGGUGUACUGAGUUUCACUGGCUGGGGUUUCCUACCAUCUAUCGGAAUUAUGAUCACAAGAUACUUCCGAUCUUUUCCUUUCAAACUGGAGAGAUGGUUCGUCGUUCAUGUAUCAAUCCAACUUGCUGGAUACUCAAUUGGAACUGCUGCUUGGGGAAUCGGUUUAUCGCUAAAUGGUUCCAGACACUCCAAAACCUUAACAUCCCAUAAGAUUAUAGGGAUUCUUAUCUUUUGCCUCGCUACGUUGCAGAUAACAGCGUUAUGGAUAAAGGCCAAUAGAGACGAUAAGUAUCGCAAGUAUUGGAGAAUUUACCAUCAUUCUUUAGGCUACGCCUUGGUAGCCCUUGCAGUUGUGAACAUCUUCAAGGGCUUGGCAAUCUUAAGGCCUCCUGCAACAUGGAAGUGGGUUUGUAUAGGAAUUCUUAUUGGUCUGGCUUGUGUAGCUCUCUUCUUGGAGAUUACAACAUGGGUCAAGUUUUAUUGGCCGGCUCAACUCGAGGAUGAAAGUCAAAAUCAAUCACAACCAGGAUGAUUGUUAACAGUGUUUCAGUCUCCAAAUACUUCUGAGCUUUGGUAGUGGUUAUUGUAAUAAAGCAAUUUAUCCGAAUGGAGAAUUUCUAUUGACUUUGUUUUGUAUUGGUUUUGAAGUAAAGAAUUGAUUUCAUGCUGUAAAAAAGUGAUAGAAACAGCAUUUUUUUUCCUUUUUAA